AUGGAUGACGAUAAAGAACAAGAUCAAAACGAGUCUGAAGGAAAUUAUGAUUUCAUACCAAGUGAAGAUGAGGAGAAGAUGAACGAGUUCAGUACUUCAUCUGGAACCACGGAUAAUCGCGACGACGGGUCGAAGCCAAAAGAUAUAAAAGAACGUAUUUGUGACGUUUGUGGCAAAACAUUUAAGGAUGGACGUGCUUUUGGAGGUCACAAAGGAUCUCACAGUCGGACAAACCAACAUCAUUUUCUUUCCAAGAACAUCAAGAAAAGUGAUCCUUCGGCUUUGGAUAGGGGUCGGAGGAGGGUUCAACCUCCCCAGCCGCCGCCGCCGGAGGUUGACAGAAACGGUUCUAGUGUGAGCAGUUCAGACUCUGUGGAUGAUAGUAGCAGUGGUUCAACAUAUUCAAAAUUUACGGGGUACAAUAUUGAUCUUUCGAAGUCUCUGUCCAACUGGUCCAAGUCUGACAGAAGGGGGCGAGGAGACACAAGGGCAGUUUGGGCUGCCGAAGUUCUCUUGUCUAUUACUCGUGGAAAGCAUUCUACUCGUCCCAACCAAAUCCUCCCUGCUAGUAAUGGUGGCUCGACAAAUUGCGGCUCUGUGACUGACAGCAAGAAAUCUGAACUUUCGAUCUCGUGCAUGGAUAAAAUAAUUGAUUCUUUGGACACGGAGAAACAAAGAAUGAAGAAGCUUGUAAUUGAUGAGACUAAAGGGCAUGGCAAAGAUCAAGAACAUGACGAGAGAAAGAAUACUAGUGAAGAUCACGGUUAUCAAAUAAGUAAAGAGAAGAUGAAAAUUAAGAAGAAAGUGACGAAUCACGUGAGGCAUUCAGGAACUCAUGAUCAAGAAGAAGAAGCACUUGGCUUGAUUGAUAAAACUCAGAAGAUGCCUCGAAGGUAUGAAUGCAGAGAUUGCGGCAAAUCCUACCCCACUUACCAAGCCAUGGGAGGUCACAGAUCUGUCCACAAGGGAAUGGAGAAUAAAAAUACAACAAAUAUUGCAUCAUCAGUUGGGGAUGACCAGGAAGAAAGCAGUCCCAAUAAUAGCAUCGAAACCGAUGAGACUAAAGAAAGCGAUGAAUGUUUUGAAUGA